AUGGAGGAUUGUAACUCGAGCAAGUAUACUAUGGAAGCAAAGUUGCAGCUUGGAAAGGAUGUGGAAGGAAGUUUAGUGGAUCCGAAGGAGUAUAGGCGUAUCAUCGAGUGUCUCAGGUACUUGACGCACACUCGACCCGAUAUCUCUUAUGUAGUUGACAUAGCGAGUCGAUACAUGGAGAAGCAUACCACUCUACACCAACAUGCAGUAAAUUACAUUCUUCGUUACGUGAAGGGAACGAAGAAUUAUGGGAUUCAGUUAAGAAGAGGACGAGAAGUUGAAGAACUCGUUGGUUUUACUGAUAGCGACUUAGCCGGUGACACAGACGACAGAAAAAUUUAUGACAGCUACUACAUCGUCGUGCCAAGGACUUUGGCUAAGAAACUUGUUGAGCGAGGGAAAAGAGAACCUGAUGGCAGAUGCGAUGUCCAUGCGGGUAAAAGAGUCCAAUGUGCAGGGGUCUCCGUCUAUCACACUGUUAUCCGAAGACAAAUUCAUGAAACCUAUGAAGUGGAUCCUAAUUUGGCCAAAAUCAUUCCUGAAAUUCGUGUUAAUGCUGACUCUCACUCGAAAUACUCAUAUGAUCAUGGGAUGCUAAGUAAAAGGUACCGACUAGAAGUGGAAAAGAACAACAAGCUCAGAACCAACCUAAUUGCAGCAAUGCAUUUGGGUGUAGAAGAGUGA